AACGGUGCUAUAUAGCACCAAAACUGUUGCUUUGGAUCGUAACCAUAGAAGAACCAUUUUUAGUGCCAUAUAGCACCGGUGAAGCACCUGUGCAGAACCAUAUAGGGGCCAUAUAGCACCACUAUAGCACCACAUAUGGUUCUACAAAGCACUAUAUGGUUCUACACAGGUGCUUCACCGGUGCUAUAUGGCACUAAAAAUGGUUCUUCUAUGAUUAUGAGCAAAGAACCACUUUUGGUGCUAUAUAGCACCGUUUGUUUUUAGAGUGUACUGGAUAGAUUAAGUGAUCAUCUUUAAUUACUGCUUAAUGCUUUUAAUGAUUCCCACAAUAAACAGCUGCAUGUACCCUCUUUACUAUUAUGUUUUUUCUCCUUACCUCACACAACAUGACACUUCUCUAGCCGACUAAUAAAUCAAGAAUGGACAGUUUUGAGUCAAAAAAAUUGUCAAUAGCUGUCACAGGGGGCUAACCCUUUUAAAAAGUACACCUUUAUGAGUACCUUAAAUUGCUAUCAAAAAGAUUGCAUAUUAGUACCUCAAAUGUACAUAUUGGUAGAAAUAGGAUCUUCUAAAGGGUACUUCCCCAUGUGACAGCAUGGGACUAUUUGUUUUGACCUUGUUUUUGGCACACACCACUACAUUAUCACAAACUUUGUGGUUAGAUGAAAGAGUGAAAUAGGUCACUCUAUAGAGAAAAACACUUUAUAGGGUUUUUUUACAGAAUGAAAACAUCGGGUGAUCACGUGGUCUGUAUGAUGAAAUCAUCACGAUUUCGUGGUCAAUUUAAGAGCUGUCUGAGUACUAGAACACACGUGUCUGAACUUGGAUGACUUGAUAUUAGUUUUCUUCAGUUGUGAGAAGCUAAAUAAUCUUUGGUCUUUGACUAUCCUCGUGUAAAGUUAAAACAAGAGCAUCUGUGUCUGUACAACCUAAAUAUGAAAAAGGAAGAAGUGGAACGUCUGGAAACAGGAGAGCACCAGGAACCUCCACAUGCAAAACCUUGCGAGUUGAAACACAAGGACUUUGAAGAUUUCGAUCUGCCUAUUAUGGCUGACACAACCCUUCAUCUGGAUGAAGAUUGUGGUUUUGACGAUGACAACCCUUCACACAACUGUGACUGCCAAUUCAAGGAAAUUUUUAUAACACUUGAGAGAGAUGAGGUUGACUACAAUUUAACUGACACACUGUAUAAAGAACGAAACAAUUUGUUCCUGAAAAGUGUCCCUCAGGGCAAAUAUGUCACUCCAUCAAACAAAGAGAUUUGCUUGGAUGAUACAAUGUCAGCCAAGAUCACCACCUACUAUCAUGCAAUGCCCAGAAAUACAUGCUCAGGUGUUCCAGUUUUGCUGAACUUCACAGGGACAGAAAACUUCUUUACCUGCAUCAAGCAAGGCGAAGAAAGGAUUUUAUCAGUUACGAUGUACGACUUAAACAAGCUACGCUGCAUUUCUGCAGAUGACACAGAGAAAUGGUCCCUUGUUUUCUUCAUGACUCAAUGUGCAAGCGGUCCCUUUCGUUUUGAGUCAGCACUUCACAGCGGAUGGUUUAUUUCUGUAGACAGCAAUGUCAUGAAAUUGCAAAGAGAGAAUCCACCAAACACUUUUUUCUACUUAAUCGAGAGUGAGGCCACAAAAACUAUAAAACAUGGAAAUAAGUUUUGCAGAAAUGUUUGAAUUUUAAGCUUUCUAAUAUUUGUAUGAACCAAUGAGUUUUCAACUGACUAUAUUUUGGGAAAACUGUAGCUCAGUUGAUAGCCUUUUAUCUUUACAACGUUGUAAGCAACAGUGACGGCCCCUGACUGCUCUUCCGAGGGGCCCAAAUUUAAAAUACGUGUUUUCAAAAUAUGUGUUUGUUGCGUCGUGAACCAUGUGCAUCACGUGUUUUGUCAAAAUAAGUGCCUGCUGCACACGCGUUAAAAACGCUUAUGAUAAAAGAGACGCUCACGUUCACAAAAUACAAGCAAGAGACUCCAUUAGUAGUAAACUCUGAUUACACAUGAGAUUACGCGAGUAUCUGGCAAACGUGAGCGUCUCUUUUAUCAUAAACCCUUUAGACGCGUCUGCAGCAGGCACUUAUUUUGACAAGACAUUUGAUGCACAUAGGUUUUACGCGCAAAACACAUAUUUUGAAAUUACGAACCACACACAUGACGGGCUACAUACAUGUUGUGAAGGACUUUGCAUUGUGCGCCCUCGAAAAAAGAAGUCACCAGCAGCCACUGAUAAGCAAUAAGGUACAAGAGGCUGUGCUGCAUUGUGAAUAAGUCAUGGCUAAAGGUCCUGACUUUGUGUGACCAUAUAGCACUAGCCUUGAUUAUAGGCUACCUUAUUGUUUAAUGCUUUUAUAAAACGGUUACAAAAUAUUAAAGCAAGAAAUAAUUUGUAUUAACACAAACCCUUCCUUUCGCUUGAAAAAACAGUCCCUAACUGACUGUGAAAAAGCAACAGACCCGACGACUAUUCGUUUUAAAUAGUAUUUGAAAUAUGAAUUUGUAUGUCCCACAUCAUAGUAUGUUUAAUAUUUUUAAAGGACACCUGUCAUGCAAAAUCCACUUUUAAAAGGUGAUGGGACAAAAUUAAUGACAACUAGCUGAAAUGCUAAAAAUGUGUAGGCCUAUUAGCACCCCUUACUUUGCUACGGACUAAAUUGUACAUACUAUAGCAAGAAAGUAGUCUGCAUACUGCAUACAAAGUUGCCAUACUUGGACGCUGCAAGAAUGUUUUACAUGUUUACAUUGGGUUGUUGCUAAAGAUG